AUGUUCUACUUCCACUGCCCCCCGCAGCUAGAGGGCGCGGCGCCCUUCGGAGGUCACUCCGCUGGCGACUUCGACGACGGGUUCCUGCGGAGGAAGCAGCGCCGCAACCGCACCACCUUCACCUUGCAGCAGCUCGAGGCCCUGGAAGCCGUUUUUGCUCAAACCCACUACCCCGAUGUGUUCACUCGGGAAGAGCUGGCUAUGAAAAUCAACCUCACAGAGGCCAGGGUGCAGGUGUGGUUCCAAAAUCGAAGAGCUAAAUGGAGAAAAACAGAGAGGGGUGCUUCUGACCAAGAGGGAUCUAAGGAAACCAUGGCUGAGGUGGCACCUCCUGCAAGGAAUUUAAAUUCCCCUUCUCCAGCAGAUCAAACCAGGAAUAAAAAAGAGGGUCUGGAGAUCCAGCAGAGCCUGAGUCGAGCAGUGGGUCCUACAGGACCUUUCUUCCCUUCCUGCCUGCCAGGGACUCUCCUCAACACAGCCACCUACGCACAAGCUUUAUCCCAUGUCGCCUCUCUAAAAGGGAGCCCACUGUGCUCGUGCUGCGUUCCAGACCCCAUGGGCCUCUCCUUCCUGCCCACCUAUGGCUGCCAAAGCAACCGCACCGCCAGCGUGGCCGCGCUGCGCAUGAAGGCGCGGGAGCACUCGGAGGCUGUGCUCCAGUCUGCCAACCUCUUGCCCACCGCCAGCAGCAGCCCCACUCCUCCUGCCAAACCCUCCUGCCCUGAGGGCAGCCAGGACAAGCAGCCCUCUCCAGCCAAGGAGCACAUGGAAGGGGAGAAGAGCGUAUGA